AUGUGCUGCUGCUGCUGCGAAUGUAUGUCUGACAUUUUCCUUGUGGUGCUAUCUGUUCUUUUCCCACCACUUCCCGUGUGGAUCCGCAGAGGCAUCUGUUCAGCGGAUUCUUUCAUCAACAUCUUGCUUUGUAUUCUUGGCUACUUGCCUGGUUUGAUCCACUCUUGGUACAUUAUUGCCAAGUAUCCUCCAUAUACCCUCAACCAAGAACUGAGGGUCUACUACGUGUACCAGAACUCGUCUGAUUUGGAAAGCCAGCGAACCCCCGCUCGCCACUCUGUCAGCGUGGAGCCUGCCCCUGUUUCCACGCCUAAUUAUGCGUCGACAGACAACAGGGCAGAAAGAGAGCCCCUUCUAAUAAACGACGCUCCUCCAGCAUACACAGAGUUGCCUACAAGCAAGUGA